GACUAUAUAUUGGUCUCUUCUACGCUUCCAAGGAGGCUGGCGUAAGUGGAGCUCAGCUUUCUUGGUUCUUGGAAGCAGAAGUAAAAUGCCACGUGGGGAAUACAAAUUAGAGUACAAGAAAGAUUCCUCUGGGGACGGCGUGAGCACCAUUUGCAACACCACGCUACCAUCUCAGCUUUCCGACUCCACAGAUGAAUUUACCACCUACUUCGAUCAGAAAAUACCUGUACCUGAAGAUGAAAAGCAUCCAUGGUUCAGUUUUCGAAAACUCUGGGCCUUCACUGGGCCUGGGUUUCUCAUGAGCAUCGCCUAUUUGGAUCCAGGCAACAUAGAAUCGGAUCUGCAGUCUGGCGCCAUUGCAGGCUUUAAGCUGCUCUGGGUUCUCUUGCUAGCCACGAUCAUUGGCCUGCUCUUGCAGCGCCUGGCAGCGAGGCUAGGAGUGGUAACAGGACUUCACCUGGCAGAAGUAUGCAACCGGCAAUAUCCCAAGGUCCCUCGGAUUAUCUUGUGGUUGAUGGUGGAGCUGGCCAUUGUUGGCUCAGAUAUGCAAGAAGUCAUUGGCUCUGCAAUCGCCAUUCACCUCCUGUCUGUUGGGAUAAUCCCUUUGUGGGGCGGAGUCCUCAUCACAAUCGCCGACACCUUUAUGUUUCUCUUCCUGGACAAGUACGGCCUGAGGAAACUGGAAGCUUUUUUCGGGUUCCUGAUUACCAUUAUGGCCGUUACAUUUGGAUAUGAGUAUGUUAGGGUGGGACCAGACCAGGGCCAGUUGCUGAAAGGGAUGUUCAUGCCGUACUGUGAAGGCUGUGGCAUCCCUCAGCUAGAGCAAGCCGUUGGGAUCGUGGGUGCUGUCAUCAUGCCGCACAACAUGUACUUGCAUUCUGCGCUGGUCAAGUCUCGGCAGGUGAAUCGGGGCAACAAGAAGGAGGUCAGUGAGGCCAACAAAUAUUUCUUCAUAGAAUCCUGCAUUGCCCUCUUCAUCUCCUUCAUUAUAAACGUCUUUGUCGUUUCGGUCUUUGCCCAAGCCUUCUUCGGAAAGACAAACAAAGACUUGCAAGAGAUGUGUGCAAAUAAAACCUUUGCUCCACCUUCGUUGUUUCAAUCAAAUGGGACCCUGGAUGUCGAUAUCUAUAAAGGGGGUGUUGUUCUGGGUUGUUCCUUUGGCCCUGCUGCUCUCUACAUCUGGGCUAUCGGGAUUCUCGCUGCAGGUCAGAGUUCGACAAUGACAGGAACCUACUCUGGACAAUUUGUCAUGGAGGGGUUCCUCAAUCUGAAGUGGUCACGAUUUGCUCGAGUGGUUUUGACCCGCUCCAUCGCCAUCACGCCGACCCUCCUGGUUGCCAUUUUCCAAGACGUGGAACGCCUGACUGGCAUGAAUGACUUCCUCAACGUUCUUAUGAGCCUGCAGCUUCCUUUUGCAUUAAUCCCAGUCCUCACAUUCACCAGUUUGCGUCCUGUGAUGAAUGACUUCGCCAAUGGCCUGGCCUGGAAGAUUGCUGGGGGGAUUCUCAUUCUUAUCAUCUGCGCCAUCAACAUGUACUUUGUGGUGUCGUAUGUAACUGGCCUGGGACAAACAAUCUAUUAUGUGAUUGCUUCACUCCUCAGUAUUGUCUACCUAGCCUUCGUGGCAUAUUUGACUUGGCUGUGCCUAAUAGCUCUCGGGGUCUCCUUCCUGGCCUGUGGUCGCACGUAUCACCUGGGACUCACUGGUCAUCCAGAACUCUUCCUCCUCAACAAUGUUGAUGCCGACCAAGCCUCGAUUAGAUGAAUCCCCUCCGAACUAGUAAGGAUGUGACUUUAAAGACAAAGGACGUAGAGCCCUCCUAUGCUGCCCUAAGCCAAGUUUUGAUUGGUUCAGAUGUGUUACUGCAAAUAUCCAAGAAUUUGCAACUUCAAGAGAGAGAGGGGAGCACAAGGGGAAAGGAAUUAUGUUAUUCAGGAUCGUCUGGUACACUGGAAAAUAGACUUCUUUAGAAGCUGUGCCUAAGGUCACCUAGAAAAGUUACAAAAGGACUGACAGAGAACUUGGGUUAAAUCAUUGUGAAGCUGAGAUUGUAUGUAAUAGUGAUGGACAGGCUCAUAUCUUGAAAUGUGGGUCGCCACCAAACAUCUUCA